AUGUACAAGUUGUGCGGUUGUAAAGGACCUCAGAUUCGUAGUAGAGGUGCAUUGAAAUUGUACAAUGUUGGUGCACCAUGGGAGAGAAUGGCCAUUGACGUGGCGGGUCCGUUUCCGGAGAGUGAAAGCGGUAACAAGUAUUUCAUGGUUGUGAUGGAUUACUUCACUAAGUGGCCAGAAGUCUUCGCCAUUCCAAAUCAGGAAGCUUCAGCAGUUGCGGAUAAACUAGUUCAUGAAGUCUUCUGUCGUUUUGGAGUACCUUUAGAGAUUCACAGCGAUCAAGGAAGGAAUUUUGAAUCUCAAAUAUUCCAGAAAACAUGCCGUUAUGGGUACUCAUAA